CCUACCAUCACAAUGAUCAUCUGGAUCCUCUUCACCCUCCUCCUCCUGGUUUACCUCUACCCAAACCGCGCAAUCUUCACCAAAGCCCGCCCCGACCUCCCCGGUCGCCGCGGUUUCCCACUCAUCGGACACCUCCCUUAUGCCUUUUCCUACGCCCACAAACCCCACGAAAGCGAACUCGAAGGGUGCCGUGAAUAUGGCCCUGUCUGGUCUGGCACGUUACCGUUCAUCGGACGGAUCAUCACGUUCGUCGCCCCGGAUAGUGUGGAGCAUUUGGUGAAGACGAACAUCGGGAAUUAUGUUCGAGGGAGCUUGUUUAAAAGGAUGAUGAAUGAGAUUCUAGGGGAGGGGAUUUUCAAUUCGGAUGGGGAGCAGUGGAGGUGGCAGAGGAAGGUUGCGGCGCAAGUGUUUAUGGAUAAGAGGUUCAAGAUGAUCACAGCAAAUACCUUUGCGUGGCAAACCCAGAAGUUCAUCCAUCUCAUUCAGAUGAAUCAAGACAAAGCCCUCGACGUCCAAGACCUCUUCUACCGCUUUACCCUCGAGAACUUCGGACAAGUCGCUUUCACCUCGAGCUUCGGCUGCUUGGACAGCAUCUCCUCCUCCGUCCCCUUCGCAGAUGCCUUAUCCUUCGUACAGCAAUACUCCGUUCUCCGUUUUAACACCCCCCUUUUCUGGCUCCACGAAUGGCUCAAACCCUCCUACUGGCGUUUCUGCCGCGACCUCCGCAUCAUGAACGAUUACGCCUAUUCCAUCAUCCGCUCCCGUCGCUCCUCCACAUGCCCAACACCCAUCCGUCCAGACCUUUUGUCAUUAUUUAUGGACUACCGGGACGAAGAUGAGAAAGAAUUGAGUGAUAAAUAUCUCCGCGACAUCAUCCUCAACUUCAUCUUCGCAGGCCGCGACACAACCGCCCAACUCCUCUCCUGGACCACGCACAACCUCCUCGCGAACCCCUCCGCACUCAGCCAACUCCGCUCUGAAACCGUUUCGCUGCCACCCAUAUCUGAGGACACAUUACACCUCCACACGUACGCUCACGCAGUGUUGUAUGAGACACUUCGGCUCUACCCCUCCGUUCCCACGAACAUCCGCUGUACCCUAAAACGAGACCACAUCCCCUGCGAAGGCCAAUCAAUCCUCGUCGAACCCGGUACGAUCGUGCAAUGGAGUACAUACGUCAUGAAUCGCCGUCCCGAACUCUGGGGCCCAGACUCCCUCACCUUCAACCCCUCCCGCUUCAUCGACCCAAACGGAAAACUCAUCCACGUGUCACCGUUCAAGUUUCCAGUUUUCAAUGCGGGCCCGAGGACGUGUUUGGGGAAAGGGUUUGCAGAGCAGGAGGCUGUUAUGGUAUUGGUACCGUUGUUGCAACAUUUUGAAAUUUCUCGUGCCAGUGAAAUCCAACGCGAGGAGGAGGUUCGGUAUGAAGUCUCCAUCACGCUUCCCAUCCGCCACGGGCUCUGGGUCAAAUUCAAGGAGAGGACACAGUAG